AUGCAUCAGCACGAUCUGCAUUCUCACAUUAAAAAAACCGUUCUUCUGGUGCAGGCUUCAAGUCGUCCGGAGUGCAUCGUGGCGUUAUCGCGUAUUCGGCAUUGCGGUGUCUUCUGUGGUGCAAGGGAGGGAGCCCAGGCUGAGGUCUGCCCGUCUGCCUGUGAAAAUUUCAUGAAGACCUGCCUUUCCGACGGCAGUUCCGAUUCCAACAAGUCGCUGCCCCGUCUCUGGUCUCGGUUUAUUGAUGCUCUUACAUUGACAACAAAACGGCUGGAGAGGACGUUCAAUUUUGCUACGGUGAACAAGGAUUUACACAUUUUCCUCUCCGAAGCAAUUACUUUUGUGCACCAAAAGUACGCUCAAGUGAAGUCUUCGGUAAGUUUUGAAUCCUCUCCUCGAAUUGCUCAAAAGGAAAAUCUUAUCCAGGAAUGCAAAUCCAGUGCUGGUGGACGUGGUAGCGGUGCCAGCAACGCCCCUCCUCCGUAUAAUCUCUCUCCCAGCGGUUGGCAGUACCCCUCACGCCUUCGCCGAUCCGCCGACAAUGCCUCCAGCGCCGCCGACGCGUUGCUGCGCGAGAGACGCCAAAGCGGGUACCCAGGGGAGGCCUGGCGGCAGUCCGAACCCCCCGGCUGGGGGGCGUCGCAGCAGCCACCACCGCGUGGAGGCGGCGGUGGCGCCUACCAGCCUUACUUCCAGCCCGGUCGACGAUCAGGCGGCAAUCCGUCGAUGCAGCCGUCGCAGCAACCGCAACAGCAGCACUCAGCGAAUGCGCCAGAGAAACUUAACAAGUGGGCUACCCAAUUAAAGUUUUAUUACUCGGGUGUGAAGGAUUUAUUCGCCCGACCACCUUCGACUGUGUGCGCUCCUGCCGCUCAGUCAAACACUGCGUGUUGGAACCCACCACCUGUUGCAUCGAGCGGUCAGCCGCAUCGGCGCUUGGCAGCACUCUCUGAUUUGGUCGCGGCAUCGGACCGACUCAGUGUGGUGAACACCAAGAAUAACGGUGACCCGGAUGCACUCGAGUCAGGAGCUCGAAUACUCGCUGAAUUAAAGAUGCGUAACACAUCUACCCACGGUUCCCGUGGCUCGCCCAGCCUCCUACAACCGCGGAACUCGGGCAUGCCCUCAUAUGGACAAUCGCACGACCCGUGGAGAAUCGGAGGCAACAACUUUCCACCGCCCCAGCCACCGCAACCUGCUGCCCCCUACCAACCACAGCCUGUGGGCGAACCGGUGAGUUGCGUCACCUCUCGGUUUUCCAAUAACAUGAAUAUUGAUGUGGCAGGAAGUGGAUACGAACCUGCGGGUGUAGCUCCACAGCCUGGUUACCCACCAACACUGGGUCAACCCCCAUACUCCCUACAACCUGAACGUCCCGACCAGGCGGGCUAUCCCUCUCACCGCGCGCCCAUCCCAGCCCCCGGAGGAAAUCAGCCUCCUCCUCCUCUCAAUCAACGUUGGCCUGGGGCUGGGGACAUGGAAUCGAGUGGAUAUGGCAGAGAAGGCGAAGAAGAAUCAUGGAAUCGAGGAGACCUUUGGCAGCAACCUCCGCCACCCUCUCAUCCGUGGGAGCAACCACCACCUCCUGCCCCUGGUGGUGGUGGUGGUGUUGAUGGAGGCAAUUACCAGUGGCCUAAUAGCUACUAUCCAGAUCAGCAAGGCAGUGGGGAGCCCUUUUUGCCUGGUCCUGAGGCCUACCCACAACCCGUUGAGACCUCGACAACGACAUCAACGACUUUAACUAGCACCACGAGUGGUCCUACUACAGUCGCAUCAGAACCACCUUUUACGAUGCCGCCGACACCAGCCAGCUCCGUAGAAUCCACGUCAGGAGUGAACACAAGCACAAUCCAGACGCUACCUCCGCCACCACCACUGCCACCGUCAAUUGGUGGAUUUGAUGAUGAAGACUUCGGACAGCCUACACCCCAGCCACAACCUUUGCCGACAUCGACCCAAAGACCUUGGGAUGCUCGUCAGCCUUCGCCACCGUUUGGACUUGAGAGUUUUGAUUGGCCUUUCCAGACAAGCGGAUAUUACCCCGGCGGCGAAGGAGCAAGUCGGCCCCUGGGUCCGCAUGCGCCACUGCCACUGCCACAAGGCCCGCCCGAUUGCUCCCCAGAGGCCAUGGCAAGCGCCGGGAGCGGGGUGGACCCACGCUGUCUGUCGGAGAGAGGAGGUGUGGAGGAGGGACGACCAGCCUACCCUCACGCGGGUCUGCCUGGAUGGGAGCCCCAGCCCCCGGAUUUGGAAGACCACAGGGCCGGUAGUGGUGGUGGUCCCGACGGCCUUGAACCGCCACCACCACCACCACAUUACCCUGGUUAUGUCGACGAAUCACACCCACGGGAGCCGACUGACUAUGUACCCGAUUUGGACAGACUUAUACCCCAAACAGAGACAUCCCUUCCCCCUACUGGACCUGACACCUACCAACCGCACCCACCGGCAUCAAAACCACUUGACACCACUCCCCCAACACGCGUGGCCCCACCGGACGUCUGGCUGCCGGCCCCUGAACUCCAGCCGGGUGACGGAAAGUUGCCCGACUCCAAGCUUUUUCUCCCUGAUUUCCCUCCCCAUCGUGGUCGUCCUAUGUCGGGCGACAGCAAAGUGACCACCGGAGGAUUAAUGGUCACUAAAACUCCCGCCUUGAUCGCAACCCUUUUGCUCAUUGCGAUUUUAGUCUAG